AUGGAUGACGCGUUCAACGAGACUUUCCAAGGUUAUACGAGGCUUACCAAGACUAGCGCCAAAAUGGCCGCACUUUCUCACAAUUCUUCCGCACCCGAAAAUCCCGUCACCAAGCUCCAGCAAACAGAUAUGCCAGACAUCCCAGAGAAUUUCCUCGCCAUUGACCGCAAGUGCUUGAGCACACUUCCGGACGAUACCCUCGUCGUUGACGGUUCAUCAGUCCGCAGUAUCCGCAAGCUCGACGCAAUCGUCAAGCGGCAGAUGGAACUGGGGAUCGACGUAGCGAAAUACGUACGACUGAAUGAUAUACCGCCGGAACUGGCAGAAAAGUUCUCGUGGAAGUCUGCACGCAUAAUGUACUGUCAUGACACCCGGUCGCUGAUCGUAAAGCUUGUGGGCGGACCACACGAGAGUGCUGCGGGACGCAUUGAUUACAUGAUCAUUAUGCAGUGCGCGAGUAUGGGGCUUUCCCAGUCGCUCCGCCCGUCAGGAAGUCUACGGCUGUCAGGUGUGUCUUCUGCCAAGGAGCCGGACGGGUCGUUCAUCCCCACACCGCCCAUUCCAGGACGCGGCCAAUGGCCGACGAUUAUCAUCGAAGUUGCUGCGACGGAGUCCUACCGAAAGCUUACAGCAGACGCAGAUUGGUGGUUUUCGAACUCCAAGGGAGCGGUGAAUGUCGUGAUCAUUGUGGCGAUCAGUCAAAAGAAGGCGGAGAGAAAGAUCACCUUUGAGACGGUUAUCCUCGAGUCAACCAACCCUCUCCGACCCUUGGCACAGACACGCCGGCGACGGUACUACAAAACAAGUACGCGGCAGAAAAUCACCACAUCCCGCGCACCCGGACCAUCUGACCCCGGCACUCCGAUCACUGUUCAUCCCGAGGAAGAUUUGCGCGUCACGUUUGAGGAAGCGUUUGACCGCCCGCCGAUCCCUCCAGAGCACGACUUGCUCUUCACGCCCGAUGUGUUGAGAAUGGCCUCGCGAGAAGUUUGGGAGAGUCAGGACUUAGCCUUUGCUGAAAAGUCCGCCCAGAGCAUGACCUGA